CUUGCUGUCUCUGAAGCAAGCGAGCUGUGCACGCUCACACUAAUCUGCUGCUGUGUGCGAGUGAGAGGCUGAGCCACUGGGUCCCUGUACACGCCUGCUGCCCUAUCCGUCUGAGCCCAGGGGCUAGUCGCUGCUGUUCUUCUGCCAUCUGAGGCCGUGUUUUCCAGGAGCUUCCAUUCAGUUGCCAGGGAGAUCCUUGGCUCCACUUCCUCGCUGUUCUUGCCUGGCUUGUUAGCGCCACAGACUGACGAGAUGAUUGCUGCUCAGCUCCUGGCCUACUACUUCACGGAACUUAAGGAUGACCAGAUCAAGAAGAUUGAUAAGUACCUCUAUGCCAUGCGCUUUUCGGAUGAGACGCUACUGGAUGUAAUGGGCCGCUUCAGGCGGGAGCUGGAGUUUGGCCUUAAGCGCGACACCAACCCCACGGCUACAGUCAAGAUGCUGCCCACCUUCGUCCGCUCCAUACCUGAUGGCUCAGAAAAGGGAGAUUUCAUUGCUCUUGACCUGGGAGGGUCCAACUUCCGAAUCUUGCGGGUGAAGGUGUCCCAUGAGAAGAAGCAGACGGUGCAGAUGGAGAGUCAGAUAUACGACACCCCAGAAGAUAUCAUCCAUGGGAGUGGAACCCGGCUUUUUGACUAUGUGGCAGAGUGCCUCGGUGACUUCAUGGACAAGCAGAAAAUAAAAGACAAGAAGCUUCCAGUCGGACUGACCUUCUCCUUCCCGUGUGCCCAAAGCAAACUGGAUGAGGGCAUUUUGCUAACCUGGACAAAACGUUUCAAAGCUAGUGGGGUGGAGGGGAUGGAUGUGGUGAAGCUCCUCAACAAGGCCAUCAAGAAGCAAGGGGACUAUGAUGCAGAUAUCAUGGCAGUGGUCAACGACACGGUUGGAACUAUGAUGACCUGUGGAUUUGACGACCAGCGCUGUGAAGUUGGCAUUAUCAUAGGGACAGGCACCAAUGCCUGCUACAUGGAGGAGAUGAGGCACAUCGACCUGGUAGAGGGAGACGAGGGCCGCAUGUGUAUCAACACCGAGUGGGGAGCUUUCGGCGACGAUGGCAUGCUAGAGGACAUUCGCACUGAGUUUGACCGGGAGAUCGACCGGGGCUCCCUCAACCCAGGGAAACAGCUGUUUGAGAAGAUGGUUAGCGGGUUGUACAUGGGUGAACUUGUCCGCCUCAUCCUGGUCAAGAUGGCCAAGGAGGGGAUGCUGUUUGAGGGAAGGAUCACCCCCGAGCUUCUCACCAAAGGGAAAUUUGAAACAAAACAUGUCUCUGCUAUCGAGAAGAGCAAGGAGGGCCUGUCCAAGGCCAAGGAGAUCCUGACCCGGCUGGGAGUGGAGCCGUCGCAUGAUGACUGUGUGGCUGUGCAGCAUGUGUGUGCUGUGGUUUCAUUCCGCUCUGCGAACCUCAUUGCGGCCACACUGGGUGCUAUCCUCCACCGGCUGAAGGACAACAAGGGUACUCCACGGCUGCGCACCACCGUGGGCAUCGAUGGCUCCCUCUACAAGAUGCACCCACACUAUGCCCGACGUCUGCACAAGACUGUACGGCGCCUGGUCCCAGAUUCGGACGUGCGCUUCCUGCUGUCAGAGAGUGGGAGUGCCAAGGGUGCUGCCAUGGUGACUGCGGUGGCCUAUCGGCUGGCGGAUCAAUCUCGGCAGAUUGCCCAGACACUGGCUGAGUUUCGGCUGACAAAGGAGCAGCUGCUGGUGGUCAAGAGGAAGAUGAGGAUAGAGAUAGAGAAUGGGCUCGGCAAACAAUCCCACAACACCUCCACUGUCAAGAUGCUGCCCACUUUCGUCCGCAGUACGCCUGAUGGGACAGAACACGGGGACUUCCUGGCACUGGACCUGGGGGGGACAAACUUCAGGGUUCUGCUGGUGAAGAUUCGCAGUGGAAAGAGGCGGACUGUGGAGAUGCAUAACAAAAUCUAUGCUAUCCCACUAGAGAUCAUGCAGGGCACUGGGGAAGAGCUCUUUGAUCACAUAGUGCACUGCAUCUCUGACUUCCUGGACUACAUGGGAAUGAAGAAUGCCCGUUUACCUUUGGGAUUCACCUUCUCCUUUCCCUGUAAACAGACCAGCCUGGAUGCGGGUAUCCUAAUAAAAUGGACUAAAGGUUUCAAGGCCACUGACUGUGAGGGUGAGGAUGUUGUGAACCUGCUCCGGGAGGGGAUCAAGAGGAGGGAGGAGUUUGACCUGGACGUGGUGGCUGUGGUGAACGACACGGUAGGGACAAUGAUGACAUGUGCUUACGAAGAGCCCACUUGUGAGAUUGGACUCAUCGCAGGCACUGGGAGCAACGCGUGUUAUAUGGAGGAGAUGCGCAACAUCGAGACAGUUGAGGGCACCGAAGGCCGCAUGUGCGUCAAUAUGGAAUGGGGCGCCUUUGGGGACAAUGGGUGCCUGGAUGACAUCAGGACGAAGUAUGACGAGGCAGUUGAUGAGCUCUCACUCAAUGCCGGAAAACAGAAGUAUGAGAAAAUGUGCAGUGGGAUGUACCUUGGUGAGAUCGUCAGGAACAUCCUUAUUGACCUUACAAAGCGAGGGUUUCUGUUCAGGGGGCAGAUUUCAGAGACCCUGAAAACUCGGGGCAUCUUUGAAACCAAGUUUCUUUCCCAGAUUGAGAGUGAUCGGCUGGCACUGCUGCAGGUCAGAUCAAUUCUGCAGCAGUUGGGCCUGGACAGCACGUGUGAUGACAGUAUCAUUGUCAAGGAAGUGUGUGGCACCGUGUCCCGCCGAGCCGCCCAGCUAUGUGGAGCUGGCAUGGCUGCCGUCGUUGACAAGAUCCGUGAGAACCGAGGACUGGACCACUUGGAUAUCACUGUGGGGGUGGAUGGCACGCUCUACAAGCUCCAUCCACACUUCUCAAAGGUCAUGCACCAAACGGUGAAGGAGCUUGCACCCCAGUGUGAUGUCAACUUCCUUUUGUCAGAGGAUGGCAGCGGCAAGGGAGCAGCGCUGAUCACAGCUGUUGGCUGCCGCAUGCGACAGCAAGAGCAGCAGAACUGAACCAUCAAGUUCACCUACCUUUGACCCCCACCACCGCCCUGUCCUCACAUCAGUCUCCUGUGGCAGUCGUGACUCUGCCCCACCUACAUUGCUAUAUCUAAAACACUUACAGGGUGGUGGGAUGGGUAUAUCCAUGGCUCGUAGCCUGUCCUCUAUCUCUGCCCUGUACAUAUUUUCACUUUUUCCUGGGGAUUAAGAACAAAAUUGAAAUACAAUAUAACCUAUAACUCUUUACAACUUAAGGCUGUAUUAUAUUACAUACAAGAGGUCCAUUGGGUGAGCUUUUGAAGUAUUGUGAAUCUACUGUAGGCAUUCAUAUAUGGUAUAUGUUAGCAAGUUAAAAGGACAAUUAACUUGUAUGAAACCUUCACCGCUUUACCAUAUGUUUAAUUUAUUUUUUUAUUAUUUGAGGGGUUUGAGUUAUGAGAUUAUAAAGGUUGCAUUGCGUGAGCCAAGACAAGCACAGGAGUCGGGCAGAGCAGGGGCCUUCAUUUUCAAUGUGUCGUUCUAAUUUUUCCGUCAAGUUGUCCAAAGCGGUUUUUGUAUUAAUUUCGGCAAGUCAGAGUGUGAGCAUUUGAUCUGCGACCAGGAGCCUUUUGCGCACCAUAGCGUUGUCCCUGCUGUGAAGGUUGCACAUAAAAGUCAUGUUUGUGUGUCCCAAGUUGUAUGUCUUGCAAUCGUGUCAUGUGACUACCCUGCCCCCCUCCCCUCUAAAACACACACACACACACAAUCUCACACGAACACAGUUUCUCCUCUUCCCUGAAACACAGUUAACUAAUCAAAGGUCUUGUCUUGGUGUUUCAGGACCCCCAGAAAAAAAAAAAAACUUUGAGUAAUGUAUAUCUUGUUGCUUUUGUGAACUGGUUGUCAUGCUGAGUAUGAUGUGUAGGCCGUGUCCAUUCUGAACAGGAUUUUAAAAUAUGUCACAAAGUGAGCAGGCUGCGUAAAUAUAGGGGAUUUCCAGUAUGUCUUGUGUGCUGUUGCUGAAUGUUUCUGCAUCCUACCAUCAGACAUCUUGUAGCUUUACAUAUUCAUGAAUGCAUGCCUUACCGGUAACAUGAAAAAGUAUUGGGUACAUUUAUUUUGUACAGUGUUAGAGCAUUUCAUGUCACAUCAGAUGCACUAGUGUUACAACAAAAAAAGACAACGGAAUAUAAUAAAGUUUAUUUUGAUGUGCAACAAAAACAAA